AUGCGAGAGCAAGAUUAUCUUGUAGCAUACGUCCAGUAUAGUCAGUUAGACAAGCAACAUGAUAAAGAUAGAAAAAAAGAAAUUGAAAACCGAAUCAAAGACCAUUGCCAAGAACGUUUACCUCAGUAUAUGAUUCCAUCGUUUUUUAUUCUUUUGACUCAAUUUCCAUUGAAUCUCAAUGGUAAAGUUGAGCGUAAACGGUUACCGUUACCUGAUUUUUCUACUCUAAUUAAUACUCUUGGAGAAAAUCAAAUCGAACCGAAAACAGAACUAGAACAUCAUGUACAUAAUAUAUGGUGCAGCGUUUUAAAACAAGAGAAACUGUCCAUGAACGCAAAUUUGUUUGCUUUGGGUGGUAAUAGUCUAAUUAUGAUCCAGCUUCUAAAUCGUUAUCGAACCGCAUUUGGUUCUAGCAUUGGAGACUUGAACAUCUCCCAGUUGUUCAAGCGGCCUACUCUUCAUGAACAUGUAAAUAUGCUUUCCUUAUCAACUACCAUCACCACCAUAAGUGACCUUAGUAAAAGUGAUUUGAAACGAGCUAUUCUCAUACAAAUUCAACCAUCAUUGGAAAGUGAUCGGCACAAACCAUUUCCAGUAACGGAACUUCAACAAGCAUAUUUAAUUGGACGAAGUAAUUAUUUUGAACUCGGUAUGGUUUCCGUCUAUAGCUACCGUGAAUUUGACUGUAUCCCAGGACUAUUUGAUAUAAAAAGAUUUGAAGAAGCAAUUAAUAAAGUUAUUCAACGGCAUGAGGCGUUGAGAAUACAAUUCCUUGACGAAACACAGCAACAGAUCUUAAAAAAUGUUCCAUACUAUGAAAUAAAAGUCUUGGAUUUAUGUAAUCAAGUAACCGACCAAUCAUUAAUCCAACAGGCACUGAUUGAUCGUAGAAAACAAUUAUCACAUAGAAUUUUACCCAUCGAUGAAUGGCCACUAUUCGACAUUCAACUAACACGAUGGUCACGACAUGGCUUAAGGUUACACCUCGGCAUAGAUGGAAUUAUUCUUGAUGCCUUAAGCAUGACUAUCUUCUGGCAUGAAUUACUCCAAUUUUACACUCAUCCAGAAUUAAAAUUAAAUGAUCUUGAGCUCUCAAUUCGUGACUACAUACUAGGUCUCAAAUUAAUUCAAGAAUUGCCAAUUUAUACAGAGGAUGAAUCUUAUUGGAUCGAACGCUUACCUAUGUUUCCAUUGAAUGGACCUGAUUUGCCAUUAGCACACUCACCUAAGGGAAUUAAAGUACAGAAGUUUCAGCGGGUUACAUCUAAUUUCGAAACACAAUUGUGGCAAUUAUUACAAAAAUCACUUCAAUCAUUAAAAAUUACUCCGGUUAGUCUGCUAGUUACUCUGUACGCUCAUGUUUUGAGCAAGUGGAGCAAUCAGCAACAUUUUGUAAUAAACUUACCAUUAUUCAAUAGACUGCCACUCCAUUCUCAGACUAAUGAGAUUUUGGGAGAAUUUACAUCUAUUUUACCCUUAGAAAUUGAUUUUCAAUCAUCGUCCACGCUAGCAAUCGGUACAAGUUUCGGAGAAAGUGUUCAAUGUAUACAAGAUCGUCUAUGGCACUAUUUAGAUCAUUCCACAUAUAGCGGAUUAAAAUUCUUUCGAGAACUAUCCAAAAGAAGAGCGGAAGGAAAUGUUAUUAUCUAUCCAGUAGUUUUUACUAGUGUACUUGGUAUGGAAAAGGCUCUUAUCGAGACUAGUAGGCCAAUCGCAGACGCAGAGUAUCUAGGAAGACACUUAGGUGGGGAACCAGUGUAUGCUAUAACACAAACACCGCAAGUUUGGAUUGACUAUAAAAGUUAUGAAAAUGAUAAUGGUGAACUCAUUAUUGAAUGGGAUUAUGUAUCCGAUUUAUUUCCUCAAAAUAUGGUUGAAUCAAUGCAUGGAACUUAUUGUCAUUGGUUAAAAGAACUUGCUGAUAGAUUUGAUGAAAUUUGGCAAAAGCCUUUAAGUUUUAGAUUACCAGAAAAACAAUUACAACGAAGAAAUAAGUACGAACAAGAAACUACCUAUCAAUUGUUGUCUGAAGAUGUACAAAACCAAUUAUUACACACAAUGAUUCUCGAGAAAGCAAAGACAAGGUCACCUGAAGCAUUAGCAGUCUUAUCUACACGUGGUAAUUUAACGUAUGAACAGUUAAUCAGUAGAUCUAUUGUUCUGAGACACACCAUAAUGGAAACAAUAAAACAUAACACAGAAGCACAGAAACCUUCGUUGUGCGCAAUUCUAAUGGAAAAAGGAUGGGAACAAGUUGUUGCAUGUCUCGGUAGUUUAAUGGCUGGACAAGCUUUUCUACCUUUGGACAUUGAAUCGCCAGCUGAACGUCUGAUAGGAUUGAUCAAAGAAGCAGAAUGCCAAAUAAUCUUAACUCAACAAGACCAUUUCGAUCUCGCUAAAAAACUAUGUUCUUCUGCUAAAAUCAUUGCUGUUGAUAACAAUGAAGAAAUUGAGAAUGUUACUUACGCAUUUCAGCUAGCAGAUCAAAGACAACAAUCCACUAAUUUAGCCUACGUUAUCUACACUUCUGGAAGUACCGGUAAACCAAAAGGAGUAGCAAUUAGUCAUGAAGCAGUUCUCAAUACUCUAUUAGAUAUCAAUAAUCGAUUCAACAUUACCUACAAUGAUCGAAUAUUUGCUCUAUCUCAUCUAAACUUUGAUCUAGCUAUCUAUGAUAUUUUUGGAAUGUUAAUUGCUGGUGGUACAAUUGUAAUUCCAAGUCAGAAAGAUUAUAAAAAUCCGGAAAAAUGGCACAUGAUGAUAGUUGAACAUCAAAUCACAAUAUGGAAUAGUGUACCAAUGCUAAUGCAAAUGUACGUCGAAUAUUUAGAAGGACUGUCAACUUCAACAUCAAAUGGUAGUAUUGAUUCCGUUCAUACUCUACAACAUGUUCUCCUUAGUGGUGACCGUAUACCACUUAGUCUUCCAGCAGAGAUUUACAAAAUCUUUGGCCAAACAUUAGAAUUAACAAGUCUUGGUGGAGCAACAGAAGCAUCGAUUUGGUCUAUUGCACACUCAAUUAGUCGUACAAUUAAUGUUGAAAAUAAAAGUACUAUUCCAUAUGGGAAACCAUUGAGAAAUCAACAGUACUAUGUACUUGAUUCACAAUUAGAUCCAUGUCCAGACUAUGUUUGCGGUGAAUUGUAUAUAGGGGGUAAAGGUCUAGCUCUAGGUUACUACAAAGAUGAAGAGAAGACGAAGCAAAGUUUUUUUCAACAUCCAAGAACCGGGGAACGUCUCUAUAGAACAGGUGACCUCGGACGAUUUAUACCUACAGAUGAUGACAACGGUAGUGGAUAUAUCGAAUUUUUGGGACGUCAAGAUUUUCAAGUAAAACUACAUGGUCAUCGAAUUGAACUCGGUGAAAUUGAGUAUCAUUUAAAUCAGCAUCCAUCGAUACAGCAAGCAAUUGCCGAUUUAGUUUCCAGUGGCAGCAAUGUUCAAAAACAGAAUGCCAUGCAAUUAGUUGCUUAUAUUGUUCCUAAACGUCCAUAUAAAAUUGCUAUUGGAUUUGAAAACGAUGAUGCUGCAUCUGUUACUAUUAAAGAUCAGAUUGAGAAAGCAAAUUUUAAAUUGAAGAGACAUGGCCUACUCCAAAAUCAGAAGCAGACGAUUAUGUUCGAUCAGCAUAAAAUACAGCUGAUUAAAAUGCCAUUGACCAAUGACCUCAUCAAUUCCUAUUUUGAGCGGAAAAGUUAUCGACAGUUUUUAAAGGACGAAGAGGAUCGAAAGGUCACAAAGUCAGAGAUACAAGAUUUAUUGAAUUCAGUAUAUUCGAUGAUAAAAAUUAGUGAUUCAACUGUUAUGGAUAGUACUUCUAUUGCUAAACAGUUCAACCUAGAAAACUUAAGCAAAUUUUUAUCGUAUCUCAUGCCUAUCUCUGUAUCGAACGAUCAACCACUACCAAAAUAUCGUUAUGCAUCGGCUGGUAGUUUGUAUCCAGUUCAAGUCUAUGUUAAUAUUCUGCAAUUCAAUUGUGAUCAAAUACAAGAUGGUCUCUAUUACUAUCAUCCUGAUCAGCAUACCCUUUUGAAAAUCCAAACAAACAACGCUGACCAUGACGACGAAACAAAAUCAGCUCAAAAUGUUUUUCAGAUAUAUCUGGUCGGACGAUUUAGUGCCAUAGCAGCAAUGUAUGGAAGUGUGUUGGCGAAAGAAUUUUGUUUACUAGAGACCGGCUAUAUCUACGGUCUGUUAAAGAAAUUUGCUUUAAGUGAACUUGGAUGGCACAUAAAAUUAUUAACAACAACAAUCGAAACAAGUCAACAGCAGCAUAUCAUGAGAAAUAGUUUAAAGUUAACAGAGAGGGAUACAUUCUGUUCGUUUUCAGUCGAAUUAACAUCAUCUAUUGUUCAAUCCAUCAUACCACUAGCAGGUGUUAACAUUGACAUUGCCAAUUCAAGUUACAAUAACAACAACUUGACUAAUAUUUGGUUAUAUUUCAAAGCAACAAAAGAAUGGUUUCUGUAUAAUAAACAAACUCAAACUCUAGAAUCCUGUCCUCAGCAAUUUAUUUGUAACCAACUCGAAGAUAUGGAACUCGGACACAAUGGUACGAUUUUGAACGAUUGUUCUGUAGCUAUAUUUUUUACUGGAAGUAUUAUGACGGUAGUCGAACCAGAAAUGAUAAUUGAAGCCGGUAUGUUAUCUCACUUGCUGAUGGACGAAGGAAUUAAAACAACAUAUGAUAUCGGUAUGUGUCCAAUUGAAACUGGUAAUUUUGUAGAGUAUGUUAACAAGUCUCUUUUGUUAUUAACUUUAUCAUCAUCACAGCAACAACAACACCAAUCACAACAAGUUCUACAUACACUUUUACUGGGCAGAGUGAGCGUGAAACAGAAAUAUGACCGUAGUCCAUCUGAAAUUAACAGGCUAAAAGAGCAACAACUCUUGAAUAAAUAUCUAUCAACAUCUUUACCUGAAUAUAUGAUACCGAAAUAUUUUCUUCUCAUUGAAACAGCACCAUUGAAUCCAAAUGGAAAAGUGGAUCGUAAAGAGCUGGCUAAUAUUUUCGAGUCGUCGAAGGCGCUGUUAUUUGAGAAUGUUAAAUCAGUUAGUAGUUGUAGCUCUCUGAUGAUUACACCAACGGAACAAGUGUUGUGGAAGAUUUUCGUCGAUACUUUUGGCGUCAGUUCUGUAGAGGUAUCCGUUGGUAUAGACGUUCCAUUUCACGAACUGGGUGCAUCUUCUUUACAGUUAAUGAAAGCAGUAACUUUGAUUCGGGAGCGGCUGGAUGCAGAAUUGGAUUUGCAGUCGUUACUCUCGAAUACCACGGUGCGAAAAUUAGCUGUAAUGUUGGAUCAUCGAAGGGAGAAUAGGGUAGUAACGGACACUAAGAAAACUGAAAUUUCGGUUAACAAUAUAGAUGCUGAGUCGCCACAGUUGGAAUCGUCACUUAUCAUAGAGUCGCUUGGGAUUUUUUUAUUAAUAUUCACUUAUUUAUUACCCAUCGUGUGUGUAAAACAAUUUGGUCUUUGUACCGUCUCGACUAUACUUAACGUUAUGAUGUUCGUCAUUGUAAUUCCUGCACUGCAUUUGUUGCAAUACGUCAUUGUUAAAAAGGUAUUGUUUGGUGUUGUUAUGGUGAAGGAAGGUGAAUAUCGACUGUUUUCUUGGGCCUACUAUCGCUGCUGGUUUUUGAAUCGUCUGUGGUCUUUGAACACACACUAUUUACAACUGCUCUUAGGUACACCUUUCUACAAUUCGUAUUUGAGACUUUGUGGUGCUCGUAUAGGGCGAAAUUGUCAUGUGUUAACAGCUUUAAUUGACUUACCGGAUUUAAUUGAGAUUGAUGAUAAUGUCAUUAUUCAAAAAGACGUAGUACUGUCCAACUUAACGUAUCAAAAGAACACUUUUCAGAUAAAUAGAAUUAAAAUCGCUACUAGCUGUACUAUCGAUUCACGAUGCGUUUUAUAUGGCAAUGUUCACGUAUUGAAUAAUGUAUUGAUUAAAUCAAUGUCUGCUGUGACGAAACACAUUCCAGCAAAUAGUAUUGUUGAUGGGCAAAUAGUGUCCCCAAACUGUGCUUUUGCUGAUGAAGAUUCAAUCAAGUGUCAGUUGAAAGACUUUGGUUUUCAUGACAUGUUCUUUCAAUUUACUUGUAUUGCAUUCGUGCUCAUUGCACAGAUAUUGUCGAUAUUUAUCGCUUACCAAACCUCAGUCUUUGGCUUUAUUGGCACUGCCUUCAGUCCUCUUAUUUAUGUAAUUGCUUCAUCGUGUUUUGCCAUCAUCUUUCUUUUCGUUCUAAUUGGAAAUUUAGAAGCAGGCACUUACAAACUAAAUACGUUUGCCUAUUUACAUAAAAUAUGGCUCCGUGGUUUAGUCACAAAUACAUUUCAUCAGUCACUUUCAUUUUUGCCUGAAACGUUCCAGCACUAUUUUGGCGCUAUUAUUGGAGAAAACGUAAAAAUUGGUGCACAAGACGUUCUCAUUGGUUUACCAGGCUCACCUAAUCUCUUACAAAUUGAUGAUAAUGUAACGAUUAAUUGUAGAAAUUCGCUGUACCCUAUGGAAAUGACAAAUAGUCAAGAAUGUUUGAUUAACAGAAUACAUAUCAGUAAAAAUUGUUUCAUUGCCAACGUGGUGAACGUACAUCAAGGCGUGACAAUCCACCCUGGAACAACAAUCGGUAGCAUGACACGAAUCACAUCAGAAACCAUCAAAAGUGAUGAAAAUAAUCAGUUCUUUUUGGGUGUGCCGGCACAAAAAGUUGAUUUGAAAUCUCUAGCUGAUGGCUUUACGUCACCGUCGCCAUCUGUGUCGCCUAGUACAUUUUCAAGAUAUCGCAUUCUUCUCAAAACAAGUAUUCCUUCAUUAUUGAAAUGCUGUCUUUCCCUAUUAACUAUCGGCUUCAUCCUUUCUGUUGGUCUUCAAUUACUAGCAAUGACCAGCACAUUAUGUUUAGUGAUGUCAUUUAUUAGUUUCUGCGCUAUAUUACCUCUAACGAUUGAAAAGUUACGCAUUUUAUCUACAACAACGGUCGACACUACCGAGGAAUACAUCUAUCAAAAACGAUACAGCCUUUUACCCGACUCAACUGUGAUGCCGAAUAUCUAUCCGUUAACUGUGAUUGUUGUUGAUCACUUAUUUGGCGGCACUCAAUGGCUCAUCAUUUUUCUUCGUUUGAUGGGCGCCAAAAUCGGAAAAAAUGCAAUUAUAAACGAUCUCUCUACAAUAUUAGAUCCUCAAUUGACUCAAAUUGGUAAUGAUGUUCGAAUUGAUUCGAAAGUAUUUAUUCCAGUAAGUUUCUUCGUAGCUUGUCAUAGAACUAAAUCAUAUUUUUUACUGCUUUUCAGGCACAUACGUACGAAAAACGUAAAUUUCAGCUAUUACCUGUCACAAUUGGUUCAAACACAAUUUUGAUGUCACGCAGUCUCAUUCAACUUGGAUCUCAACUAGGUGGUAAUAACUGUCUGUUUCCUUUAACAUUCAUAAUGAAAAAUGAUCAUUUGCCAAAGAACACCCAAUGGAUUGGAUCACCUGCUAAUUUAAUGGGAUGAUCACAAGUCGUCAUUUUCAAAAAUUUCUUGCACAAAGAUUUAUAACAGACCGAAUAAGAUUAAGUGCAUUGCCAAAACUGCGAUGCUUCCGAUUUUAUUUUUAUUUUUUAUAGCCCACAAUAAACGCCCAUAUGUAAAAGACAAUGC